AUGAAAACAGCGUUAAUUCUCACUUAUAUUGAAGUAGCUAAAAUCCGCGACAAAUUGGUAGUUGCCGUCGCAGAACAAGUGACGUUAGNACCUACUGAAGGAUUGGACGAGCACGUGGCUGUUUCAAUCCGAAAAAUAAUCGAAACUGCAUGGAAAGGAACACCCCCAGCUGUAACAACCGCCAAAUUGCAGAUCACCUUACGAGAUACCCAGCCCAUUGCUUAUCGCCCACGUCAUUUAUCUUAUGCCGAACGAAUAUCAGUGAAACGAAUAAUUAACGAACAACUAAAAGAUGGUAUAAUUCGCGAAAGAGAUUCCGCGCACGCCAGUCCGAUUGUAUUAGUCAAAAAGCGAAUCGGUGAUACGCGACUACGUGUUGAUUUUCGCGGCGUAAACAAGCGUGUCGUGCGGAUCAACUAUCCACUUCCGAGAAUCCAAGAUCAAAUCGACGCUCUUUCGAAGGCUGUUUAUUUCUGCACUCUAGAUAUGAAAGCAGGUUUCCACCAGGUAGAAAUUGAAGAAAAUUCGAAGCAUAUCACCGCAUUUGUAACACCAGAUGGAUUCUUCAGAAGUAUUGAACAUCGAGAAGUAAAAAAAGCCAUUUCAUUAUUACGCCCAGGGUAUAUCCCACCAUCUCGGAAGGAUAUAUCAGGCAAAUUAUUGGAUCAAAUAUACCUUGAAGAAAAAGAACCGAUUAUUUGCGCCACUAUUACGACAGAGCAAUCUGAAGUAAUUCUUAUUGACUCGAUAGACACUACAGGACAGCCGCACACUGGUGAAUACCUAGCUGAAUAUGCUGAGGGUUUGAUAGAAAGAUUAAAAUCUCAAUAUAAUUGUAAUGUUGCAAGUUUUGUUACCGACAACGCUGCGAAUAUGGCUAAAAUGAGGAAGGAAUUAAAAAAUAGUGAUACAAUAAUCACAUACGGCUGUUCUGCACACUUGUUGAACUUACUUUCCAAAGAUUUAGAAAUUAGCAGUAUAAAGGAGCAUGUUGUGCAAAUAAUAAAAUACUUCCGAAACAAUCAUGCAGCUAACAGCUUGUACAAAGCGGAAGGAGGGAAAGCAUUAGUGCUACCAUCAGAUAUUCGUUGGAAUACUGUAACUGAUUGUUUCGAAGUCUUUGUGUCUGAGUGGCAAAAGCUACUAAAAAUAUGUGAAGAGAACAGGGACGUCAUAGAUCCUGUUAUUAGAGCAAAAGUUGAAAAUAUGGUCGUAAAAAGGUCAGUGGAAGAUUAUCUAAUAAUUUUGAAGCCAAUAUCUGUUACAUUGGAUACUUUACAAAGAAAUAAUGCAAAUUUGUCUGCUGCUGUAACAGCUUGGACCAAAUGUCGAAGUUUCGAAAGAUAUAAGCAAGCAAUGACCCCCAGUCACUUUCUGGCAUUUUUAUUAGACCCAACCCAAACAGAAUUCACACUGACAGAUGAAGAAGAAGAAAGUGCGUUGGAGGAAGCGCGAAAUCACUAUGAUGGUUCAGUUUUGCUACCAUUGAUAGUAAAGCUUAAGUCAAAAUCAAAACCAUUCAAAAGUGUGAUGUUCGCAGAAGAAAUAGUAAAAAAUGUGACACCACUAGAGUGGUGGGUGUCACAGAAAAAUAUAUUUAGUGAAAAGGAACAGUCAAAAAUUUUUCCAGUGGUGAAGCAAGUGUUUGGCGCGAUAGCUUCUUCAGCUGCUGUAGAAAGAGUGUUUUCCACCUUUGGAAUUGUUCAGAGCAAAUUAAGAAACCGAAUGGGAAUUGAAAAGGCUGGAAAACUAGUUUUUUUUAGUCAAAAUUUUUUCCAGUGGUGA